CCUUGUUCCUCCCAGUCUGUGCCCCCAGAAGAGGUGCUUCCACCUGGCUGACGCGCUUCUCCCUGCAGGGCUUGAGCUGGUGUCCGAGCACUUCUCGCAGGCCCCACAGAAGCUAUCCUUCUACAGCUGGUAUGGCAGCGCCAGACUCUUCCACUUCCGCGUGCCCCCAGACACUGUGCUGCUGCGGUGGCUGCUGCAGGUCUCCCGGAGCGGUGGGCCCACAUGCACCCACGUGGAGAUCACUGUGCACUUCCGCUAUGGCGCCCCUCCAGUCAUCAACCCACUGGGCACCAGCUUCCCGGACAACACCUCGGUGCAUCCCUCCUUCCACAUCAGCAUGCUGCUGAGCUCCGAGGCCCAGAACAACACCUCUGCCAACAUCUCCCACCCGGCACCUGGGGACUGGUUUGUGGCCGCCCACCUGCCCCCCUCCUCCCAGAAGAUCCAGGUGAAGGGCUUUGUUCCCACCUGUGCCUACGUCUUCCAGCCUGACAUGCUGGUCAUGCGAGUGGUCAAGGUCUCCGUCAUGGAGCCCGAUGUGCCCCUUCUGCAGACCCUCCUCUCCCACCCCAGCUACCUCAAGAUCUUUGUCCCUGAGUACACCCAGGAGCUUCAGCUGGAGCUGCAAGGCUGUGUGUCCAAUGGGAGCCUGGGCUGCCCUGUGCGUGUCACAGUGGGCUCGGUCACCCUGCCCAGCAACUUCCAGAAGGCGCUCACCUGCUCCAACCUCCCCUGGCCCUGCCGCCUGUUGCUGCCCUCACCACCCUGGGGCCGUUGGCUGCAAGUGACGGCUGAGAGCCUGGCCCACGUGUCAGUGGCCUUCAGUGCAGUAGCUGCCCUCAAAGCCUGCAAGCCAUGGAGCGUGACUUUCCAGCACCUUCUGCACAGCAGCCCAAACCAGAGCUGUAAUGCCUCCAGUGGUCAGCUGUCCCUGGGCCCUGGCCACCAGGACCUGGGCAGAAGCAGUGGGGUGGGCAGUGGCCCCUUCUGCCUCGUGAGCUACCCGGUCAUGCGGGAGGACAUGGACGUGUUGUCUGUGCACUUCCAGCCCCUGAACAGGGUCUGGGUAAUGGUGCACUGGCACACACCCUCCACAGUGCGGCUCCGCCUCAACACGGGCAUGGACAGUGGGGGCUCCCUCUCCAUCUCCCUGCAGGCUAACAAGACAGAGAUCGUAAAUGACACCUUGGUGGUGGCCUGCAUGAAUGCUGCCUCCCCUUUCCUCAGCUUUGACACCUCACUCAACUGCACCACAGCCUUCUUCCAGGGCUACCCCUUGUCUCUGAGCACCUCAUCUCUCACUGCCAACCUCAUUAUCCCCUACCCAGAGACAGACGACUGGUACCUCUCCCUGCAGCUCAUGUGCCCUGAGAGUCCUGAGAACUGUCAGCAGGCCAUGGUCCAUGUGGAGACCACCGUGAACCUGGUACCCUGUUUGAAUGACUGUGGACCCUAUGGCCAGUGUCUCCUCCUCCGCAGACACAGCUACCUAUAUGCAAGCUGCAGCUGCAAAGCAGGUUGGCGCGGGUGGAGCUGCACCGACAACAGCACAGCGCAGACGGUGGCCCAGCAGCGGAUGGCCGUGCUGCUGCUCACGCUCAGCAACCUCGUGUUCCUGGCUCCCAUCGCCGUCUCCGUGCACCGCGCCUUACUGGUGGAGGCCUCUGUCUACAGCUACACCAUGUUCUUCUCCACGUUCUACCACGCCUGUGACCAGCCGGGGGAGGCGGUGCUGUGUAUUCUCAACUACGACACACUGCAGUACUGUGACUUCCUGGGCUCUGGGGUGUCCAUCUGGGUCACCAUCCUCUGCAUGGCGCGGCUGAAGACAGUCCUGAAACACGUCCUGUUUGUUUUGGGCACACUGGUCAUUGCCAUGUCCUUGUACCUGGAUCGCAGGGGCAUCUGGAACAUGAUGGGGCCCUGCCUGUUUGCCUUUGUGAUCAUGGCCUCCAUGUGGGGGUACCGCUGUGGGCACCGUAACCAGUGCUACCCCAGCUCGUGGCAGCGCUGGGUCUUCUACCUCCUGCCUGGCAUCUCCAUGGCCUCUGUGGGCAUUGCCAUCUACACCUUCAUGAUGACCAGCGACAACUACUACUACACCCACAGCAUCUGGCACAUGCUGCUGGCGGGCAGUGCAGCGUUACUGCUGCCACCGCGGGACAGGCACGCCAAGCCCUGGGCCUGGUCACAGACGUUUCCCUGCCACUAUCAGAUCUGCACGAAUGUUCGGGAUGAGCUGUACACGGUGACGUGAUGUGGCCUGCUCAGGGACUCCUGCUGCUCUAGUGACCUCUUCAGCUAGGAGCAGGGUCAAGGGAGAGGAACCUGCCCAGCCCUGUCCAGAUCGAUUUCCAGCUGAAUAAAAUCGCCCUGAAUACCCUCUUGCUUCCUCCUCCAGAGGACAGAUUCCCCCUCCCCCAAUACACACUGACUCCCUGUGUCUUCUUGCUGCCUUGGUGCCUCUGCAGGUCCCAGCUGCUGUCUGCAGUGCCCUUUGGGACCUGGGCCUCGCUGCCUGGAGACCACAGGUACCAUGUGCGGGAGUGAGGCUCUGCCUGCCUGGGCAUGGUUAGAGAUGUGAAGAAGGACUCCCCAUUGCCCUGUUCCCUUCUGAAUGUGUGAUGUGAGACCCACAGGGCCAAGGAGUCCUGAGUCCACCAGUGAGGCUGGGAGCCAACCACUCCCAGCAUCCCUGGCUCCCUGACGCUGCACCCCUAAAUGCCAGCAUGAGCUGGGCAUAGGAAUCCCCCUGCUGCUGCAGUUGCCAUGGGGAGAGACAAAGGUCACCAGAGAGCAGAAGGGCACUGGCAGACAAGGGGUUGGGCCCUGCCCUUCCGUUUUUUGCUCUCAGCUUUGGAGCCACAGCUCCCUGAGAAGAGCUUCCUGGCGAGGUGGCUGCCCAGCUGUUCUGGGGCUAUGGCCCCACAAGGCACACCCUACUCCAGCUCUGUGUCCCUACCCAUCUCCAGGGUUCCUGGGCUCUUGUCGGGGAGUAUCCUCUUGAGUUGGUCCCAGAGCUGAGGUGGCGUCUGCGCCCCCUGCACCGGGCCAAGCAGGUGCUUGAAGGGGCUCUGGAGAUGUGGCCCAGCAUUUCCUGCCUCUUCUCACCUCUGGGGGGGAAAUAGGGUAGGAAGGCUGAUUGCUCCCAGGAGUGGAGGGGGCUGCUCUCUGUACGAAUGGUCUUGGACCAGGCCUUUGGGAAGCUGGGGCUGCUGAGGCCCAGGGUGGGGGUCUUCCUACCUUCUGGCUUUGGGGGCUUCCUUUCUGGGUCCUGUCCAGGCGGUGGCCUUCCUGAGGGCCUCCCCACCCCCAGCCACCCUGCACUUGGCCACCAAAGCAUUCUCUAGGCUAGUUAAGAGGAAAUGGGUAUAUAUGGUGUUUUGGGGGGGUUAAACAAUUCUAAGACAUCAAGACUUGUUUUAUGUAGAUCUGAUUUCGCGGUGAUUGGUGAAUUUAAUAUUUUACGGUGAUUUUUCAAGCCAAA